GAUUUACCUGUAAUGUUUUAAAAUAGAUAUUUCUAAACAGCUCUUACCUGCAUGUAAUAUCGCAGCAAAAGGUACACAGACUAGUCAGAUACUUCUUGCUUCAGAAAGAAUGUCUGCAGACGAAGAUAUAUGGCAGCCAUGUAUUCAUCAAAUUCAGGGAACUGGGGAAGAGAGACGAAUAACAAUAAGUUUGAGUGAAACUUUACAAAAGUUAGAAGUUGAGAAAGUGGCAUUAAGUAUUUGUGGAUUUCGUUACUGCUCUGAUUUUUUCAGAUCAUUGUUAACAGUUGGGCUGAGCAAAAUUAGUGGUACAUCACGGAAACAAAUUUUUAUAGCUAUAGAAAAGAUGCUAUUUGAAGCUUUGUCUUCUGAAACAAAUCUUAAUUGUGUACGUAAACUGUUGAGGACUGCAUUGACGUCUUUGGAAAAGGGAGAGAGGAAUAGAAUUGGUAGUAAACGGUUGUGGAACAAACAUAAGGAGACAGUUAGCAAUCUUCUAUGUCGAUUGGACAUGUUUGAAAUAACACCGAGAGAAGAGGAUGGUAAGCCAAUGUUUCUAGAUCUACCAAAAGAAAGCAUUUACAACAUUAUUUCCAAACUGUCCAAUCCUAAAGAUAUUCUUAACCUGGGACAAGCUUGUAGCUAUCUCAAUGUCAUAUGUGAAGAUUGGUUACUAUGGCAACAGUUAUGCUUGCUCCAUUUCUCGGAAAAACAAGUUUCUUCACUUACUACCGAUGACUUGGAUGACAGUGACACUAACUGGAUACAUUUGUUUUAUUUAUGUAAAGGGCGGUUCAAAUUAACAUUUACGGAGGCGUAUGGAGACGAGGUUGUUUUGUGCUAUAAUUGUAGGAAGUUAUAUUGGAGGAUACAAGGACAUCCCUGUUCAAAUCCAGAUAUGGCUCCAUCAAAGUCUUUUAUAACACCUGAACAAUUUGUGAAUAUGCUCCAACUAUGAUGUAAUUAAAUAUACACAACUGGUUUUUUACUUGAGUGAAUAAGGCUUGUCUACAACAAACUAGGCACAUGUAGAUUCUAAAUGCUGCACAUUGAUGGGAGUGAUAAUCAGUGACUAUGAUAGUACUUUUCAUUUACUACACUCAAUUUCUAAAAUUUCGAGAACUAUCAAUACAUAAAUAUGUUUUGCUUAUCUGUUAGUUUGUUUGUGUUUAUCUCCACUUUCAGUGCCUUUGGCUGAAUCAUGGCAGCCAGUUUCUAUUGGUGGAGGAAACAAGAGUAUCAGGAGAGAACCACAGACUUAUGGUUGGAAAACUGACAUUUCUGACCAAUUAAUAACAACCACACCUUGCCAUGAGCAGGGUUGGAAGUCAUAACCUCAGUGUUGACAAGCUAACUAUCAUACCAGAUGAACUACUUAGACCAAUGGACCAAAUAGACCCAUCAUUUAUAUGCAAUCAAGCCUUACAGUUUUUAAAAACUAGACAUUGGAAAGGAAACACAUUUUGAGGUUUAUUUGGCCCUAUAAAAUCAAGGACAAUGGAAAAUUGUAUGCUGUCAACCAUUUAAAAUAAUUUAUUUUUAAAUAUCUGAUAGAAACCUUUCAUAAAAUAUCAACAUAAACUCUGAUUUGAUGAUGCAAUAAUUCAGGGAUUUAGCUAAAAAAAUUGCAGCUAAAUAGAGAAAGAGCACAAGCAUAUUCAAAUUUAAUUUUUGUCAUCAAGUAAGAUAAUAACAAAAACACUUCAUGUGUAAAAUAUUUUUUGCUUGAAGCAAACAAAAAUAGUAUCCUAAUAUUUUGAUUGAUUAUAAGUCUUUAAAGUUACAAACUCUUUAUAUAUUAUAGCAUGUGAGUCAAAAGUCAUAAUUUUGUACAAUUAUUUUUCAAUUUUACUGCAUUUAUGGUCAUUUAAUGAUCUGAUAUCUUUUUUUUAGUAUUUUUAAAUUAGAACUGGUGGUUGAAAAUUGUUAUAAUUGAAUUAUAAUGGUGUACUUGAGAUGUUCAAGGGAUCCCAAAUUCCCAAUAACAUGAAGUAUUCAGUACUGCAGAAAUAUAAGUAAAAAUCUGCAAGCUAUUAUUGCAAGAAGUAUGAAACUACUAAAUGAAUUAAUGUAGUAAAACUUUACACCAUUUAUAACCUAAAUGUAAAUGUGAAUAACAUAUCAUUAUUUCUUACCUACAGAGGCUUCAUGUUUUUUAGUGUGUUAUUAAAUUUUUUACAGAA